AUGGACGCUCCAGAGACAGGGGAGCGGGCGCUGUCCGUCGGCGCAUAUCCGCUCCUCGUCAUCUUCCACCUCUUCCCUCUCCACGCUCCGAUAACUUUGUGGCUCAUGGACGCCCCCUUCGGCAAGUUUUCAUGGGAUAGUGUCUUGAACUUGCCUGCCGGAAUUGCCUGGGCUGUCAUGGAGUGUGUUUCGCCCGCUGUGUUCUUUGCGACGCUCAAACGACUGGUACCGCUCGACUCACUGUCGUGGCGCACUUGGAUUCUGAUCGGAUGCUACUCGGUGCAUUACUUCCACCGAGCGCUGCUAUCGCCGCUGUACCUCGCACCGAAGCGUGCGCCACUGCACCUCGUCGUUGUCCUCGCCGCUUUCAUUUUCAACGGACUCAACGGUUCGCUGCUGGCGUAUCAGUUUGCUCAGUUGCAACCACGAACCGGUCUGCUCUACUGGGCCGGCAUCGCUCUGUGGGCUCUCGGCUUCUACGGAAACGUGUACCACGAUGAGCUGCUGCACGACCUCCGCCGUCCGCCGGAGCAGCGUCGGGUGUCAAAAUCCAAAGCCAAGCCGCAGAAGUACGCUGUGCCUCACGGAGGGCUGUUUGAGUAUAUUUCCUUCCCGAACUACUUCUGCGAAUGGCUCGAGUGGAGCGGCUUUGCGCUCGCCGCCGGCCCGUUGCUCGUCCCCGUGCCGCCGCUGUCGAGUAUGGGUCGGUACGCAUUGCGUCUCACGCCACUAGGGAAGCUGUGGCCGACACAUCUCCUUGCGCCGGCUUGGGCCUUCGUGCUCGCAGAGGUGACGAGCAUGCUCCCCCGCGCGCUGAGGGGACACGCGUGGUACAGGCGGACGUUUGACUAUCCCCCGCGCCGCAAGGCCGCGAUCCCCUUCAUCCUCUAG